AUGCCUCGAUACCAAUCGCUCGCGCAAGCCGAGCGCGCCGCCCUCAAUGGCGAUGACGAAUCACAGGAUAGCCAGCAUAUCAUGGCCCUCUACAUCCAACGCUUUGGCGUCGGCCAGCAUCAACCCCUGCAGCCCGGCAGCUCACCAGUGCCGUGCGAGAACCAGGAAUCGCGACUCGUCAAUCGCGGCGACUCGAUCGCGUCACCACAGCCUGCCGCCUUUAUCAGUGCACCGGAGAACGCAGAGCCUGAGGGUCUAGGUCUGCCGUUGCUCAAAGACGAGGCACGCGCGGCGGGAGAACGAGCCCGCCAAGCGCCCCGAGAUCCUACGCCUGAGCCGACGUCGGAAGCCUCAGAGCUGCACACAACCGCCGCGACGACACCGCAGCAGCCUCCUCUCCUGCUAACGACAACGCCUGCACUAGUGAAGCCUUUAUCGGCACGUCUAGACGACGGCUAUGCACGGAACCUCGACCUUCAAUCGGCUACGAACGAUGCUCCGACACUAACCACCAAAACACCAACAUCUCGAGCCGACCCCGGCGAGACUCCAUUUGACACGUCUACGAAAAUCCAUCUGAGGAAACCCAAGAUGGACACGUCACAAUCGUCUCCCACACAGGAGAACGAUGACCGCGAUUACCGAAAGUACGAGAGCCAUUCGCAAAUCAACACUAGCCCCCAGUCGACAGCUUCACGGCGGGACGAUGCAGCAAUUGAAGACGCUCCUCUCGAGCCGCAAAUGGAGGAGGGAAAAAAUCUCGACGAUGAUGAGACGGGCGCCGUCAACUUUGGCAACUUGGGCCAUCUCUUCGACCACGACAUGCAGGCGACCCAAGAAUCAUCUCCGAUCCCCUAUGGCACCGGUCCUCUCAACACGCGAGGCGCCUGGCGAAGGCGCGCCUCGAGCUCCCAGAAUCAAUCCUCCAUGAGGCGACCCGAAGGGCAGACGCCGUACAAGACGAUGCCCUGGGCACCAGAAACACCGGCGCCGCCCGCGAACCCGUUUGCCGGUCUUGGCAAUCUCGGAGUCCAGCCUCUGGCACCGUCCCAACUUUUUGGGCAGACGCAGGGCAUGUCGUCGGCUUUCAAGGGUGGAGAUAGCCCGACGUCCUCGAGACCUUCACCAAACUUGCCCCAGCAUCUGUCCAUCUCGCCGAACCCGAUUGAGACAUCGCCACUCAAGCGUCAAUUCAACAUCACUUCGCCCACGGUCAUCCACACAUCGAGCCCCCAAGCUCCCAGUUCGGCAGCUGAUCACUUUCCCGCUGAGACGCCAGCGCCUAGUCGUUGGGUUGACGAAGAGGCCGUCGCUGAGACCCCCGUUGAGCUGCCCUCAGGCACGCUGCGACGCCGUGUCGAGCCCAUGGCACACUACGAGACGAUGAAAAAGUCGCAAGAGAGGCGGCUCAGUGGAGACGCCCUACCCCCAGUGGACUCGCAGGACGAUUCAGACGAUGCCCUGGAGGCCAUGCAACGGAGCAGGAGGGCCGCCAUGAAGAAGAGAGCAGCUGCCGAGCAGCUCUCCGGAAUAAGUCUUCGACGGACCAUUCCCAAUGACGAUCCCGAUAUCACUCCGCGGCCGCAAAGAUCCCAGAGAAGGGCACAGGUUGCAAUCGCACCAGACGAUGAAUGCGAGGUUGCGGUGGGGAGCGAAAACGAGGAAGACAUAUCCACCGUCGCCGAUUCUCAGGACCCUCUCAACGUACCAGACACGGUCAAAAAGUUCAUAAUCACAAACGAGCUGCCCAUGGAGAACCACGCCCCUCUGACGGCCCUGGAUUCUAGUGUUGAGGCUAUACCAGACAGUACAGAGGAGACGACUCACAACAAAGCCGGGAAUCCCUUGAGCGUCGACACGUCAGACACGAGCUCAAAGCAGAGAGACCGCAUUCCCGAGACGAGCCCCGUCAACCGACCUACGACGCAGGUCAAUGUCGCAAGUCCUGAGAGAGACUUGGCACUCGAGGAGGUUUGCGAGGAUCCUUCGCCCGCCCCUAUGGACGAGGAUUCACCUUUGGCAACACCCGACGAACCACGCCCGUCUUUGUCUAUGCCUUCGCGAAGGUCAUCUCGUAAGAGCCGCCCGACAGCCAAGGCAGCGGCAACAGACUCCAAGGCCAAGCCGUCCCCUUCUGAGCCGAGAGCGGGGCGGGAAGUCAAAACUGCAGCAGCAAAGUCUGGCAUGCUUCGCAAGUCUGUGCGUGCAACCAAGAGCAAGGCUGAUGAGCCGAACAUUCAGUCAGACCCGUCUGUCGUUUUGGAUUCGAGCCCCCAAGUACGGAGCACUGAGCCAGCAUUUGACCUUCCAUCUUCGCCGCCUCUGCUGACGCCGCGUCUGCCUCGCGGGCCUUCAAAACUGCGCUCGCACAACACAGUGGACCAGAACCCGGCUACGCCGGUGGCGCCGGAGUCCUCUGUCGAAUCGGCGCCGGAGUCAACUUCAACCCUCAGCACCCUGUCUGUUACCCCGAGCUUGUCGUCUAAGACCACGCCAGCGACGCAGCAGUCCGACCAGGUUGCGCACACGUCCCCUAUGAAGCCAAGAAGUCGCCAUCCGAGGCCGAGUCUGCCGCCGCUCAAUACUGCACCAGUCCUCUCGGAGCGCGGCAAGAAACGCAGUAAGAAACAGACGCGAAGAUCGACACGGCAUGACUCUGCGUCAACAGAUGAACUCGCUAUGUCACCGUCUGCAAUAGGGUUUGAGAAUAGUAUGGCUCAUCCUCCCAAGGCGAAGAGUCGAGCUGAUCGGCUGUCCACCUUGAUUAAGGAAUCACGAGCGCCCGAGAGAGAUCAAAAGCUAUUCAGCGGCAUGGCGUUCGCCAUCUCGUUCCAAUCGAAGCGACCGGGCGAAACUACGGAGCAGUAUGAGGAGCGCUUGUCGCAGAGCAACGAUGUCGAGAAGAAGAUACUCGAAUACGGCGGCCGGCUGCUUUCAAGCGGCUUCGACGAGCUCUUUGACGCCCAUGCCCUGCGAAGUGCGGCAGUCAGCCCUGUGACGGACGAAGAAGAAGAGGCUUCACUGACCCUGGCGACCUCGGCCCAGACUUUGGGUUUCACGGCGCUCAUUGCAGACGGACACUCACGCAAGGUCAAGUACAUGCAGGCCCUCGCCCUCGGGCUCCCCUGCAUUUCCGAUCGCUGGGUGACGACGUGCGUGGAGAAGCAGAAGGUCGUCGCAUGGGACCCGUACCUACUCUGUGCCGGCCAGUCGUCCUUCCUGCGGGAUGCCAUUCGCUCUCGUUACCUAGCGCCGUACCCCGCGACCGACGCCCGUCUCGUCGACGUCAUCGGACGCCGUCCCAAGCUUCUUCAGGGCAGUCGUAUCUUACUGAUCAUGAAGAAGUCGCGCCAGGAGGACAAGAAGAUGCCGUAUGUCUUCCUGGCGCAUGUGCUCGGCGCCUCGCUCGCGCGGGCGUACAAGAUGGACGAGGCGAAACGCAUGAUGCGCGAGAAGGAGCUUCUCGAGGCGCCGUUUGACUGGGUCUACGUUGACGAGAAUACGGGCACCGACGAGGCGCUGUUCAUGACGGCGCCGCCGACGCAGGAGACGAGGAAGAGGAAGAGGGUCAGCGCGGCAGGGGACUCUGCGCCGCCGCCCAAGAGGAUCCGGACGCUGAGCGAUGAGCUUGUGAUUCAGAGCCUGAUUUUGGGCCGCAUGAUUGAAGAGGACGAACUCGAGGGGUGA